AGUGUGCUAACUAUAAUGAACUCUCAGUAAAUUUUUCAAUACGCGCAUAUAUAUUUAUUUACUUAGUAAAUACUAACAGUGAGAUAUUAAGCAAUCCCAUACAUAAACCACUAACUAUGGAACCAGAAUCAAUAGAUAAUGGAAAUCAACCAAAUAUACCGAUUGCAACUAUAGCCCGAAUAUUUCGAGAAAUAAGUUUUAAAAAUGAUAAUACCCGAAUUACUCAAACUGCUCUUGAAUUAUCAAGUCAAUAUAUUAGUUUAUUUAUAAAUGAAGCAAUAUUACGAUCUAAUGAAGAAAGAAUAGUAGAGGGAGAUGAAUUAGAUAAAGUGGAUGGAAUUGAUGGAAUUGAAGAGAAUCAACGUCAAACUCAUCAAGUUGAUAGAGAUGAACAAGAAUUAGAUGAUAUAGGUGAUGAAGAUGUAAUUGAUCCACCAGAAAGUCAAACCCAAUUUGGGGUAGAUCAAGAACAUGUUAAACUUAGUGAAUCACUUGAUUCUCAUCAUUUAUCAAAGAUAGCUGGAGUAUUAAUUCUUGAUUUUUAAUAAAUAAUGUAUUACAAUUAGAAGUACCAUACUAAUUUAAUGAAUGACUACAUGCUUUAAGCUUAGUCUGAUUAUGGGUCUAUAUUAUUGACCCAGUUGAAACAUACAAA